UCUUGUCCCUUUGUUCACGAAUCCAUGAAAGUGACUAGCCCUAUCAUCUUCAAGAGUAAAUAUUCAUUAGCUUCACUUGAUUAGUGGUGUGUGAAAUCCCGUGGAUUUCAGCUAUAUAGUUUGACCGUUAUGUCAGUGUUGGUGAAUUACUGGACGAGGCGGAACAGCCGUGAGUGUGUUAUACUGUGCUAGGAGGUGAGGACGAAGGCGACGUCCUCUGAUCAGACAGUGCAAGGAUGCGUAUGCUUGGCCUGAGCGUGUGGCUAUUCCUCAACCUGGUGUUCCUCGGCAUGGGCUCCUACUUGUACCUGCUGUGGGCCCAAUAUUGGCGCUAUGCCCGAACUGCACAGAUUGCCAGCAUACCAGACUCCUCCUGGCCCGAGGUGACUCUCGCAGGGGAAGAUGAUCCGGAGCCAAGGCCAGGCAAACCGAGGUUCCACUCAAACCUCGCACCACUUAAUCUUCCACUGCCACCCCGCCCUUCCCCGCCUCCGCCCCCCACCACCACACCCACCCCGCCCACGGCCCCGCCAACCACUCGAGAACAGCUGCUUCAGGAAGUACAGCGUCACAAGGUUGAUAUUUUCGUGCGCCUCCGGAGACUACAGAAAGAUAGAGGCAGUAUUCUGGUGAAGCAAGAGAACCGCUACGAGGUGCUGUACAGAGGGCGGCGGAGGCGAGGUCCCAUCACCAGCGAGGAGUUGCUGUGUGCCCUGCGCGAGGCGGGGGUGCGGACGCUAAGAGACGGAGAUGAGCCUUUCACCUCACAGGGCGUCUCCAAACACUUCCCGAGCACUGGCCUCCUGGAAGGACGACACUUCAACACGUGCGUAGUGGUGUCUAGCGCUGGAGGCAACAAGGGCUCUCAUCUCGGAACCUUUAUCGAUUCGCACGACGCUGUAGUGCGUUUCAACGAUGCGCCAACGGUCGGUUUUGAAGGUGACGUGGGCUCUAGGACGACUCUGAGGAUCGUCAACUCGAAGAUUUUGGUGAAGCCUGACUUUAAGUUUUGGGACUCUCCUCUCUACAAGGACGUGGCAGUACUAGCAUGGGACCCCUGCCACUACUCCUGUGACCUGAAUGAGUGGUACAAGAAUCCAGACUUUGACUUUUUCCCCGCGUAUUUCCGCCGCCGUCUGAUGCUGCCAUAUGAAGACCUCCACAUGUUACACCCAGCCUCCAUGUGGAACAUCUGGGACGUACUGCAGCGGUACACCCCUGACUCCCGCCUCCUGCCUAACCCUCCUUCGUCAGGCUUCCUGGGAAUAAUGAUCAUGUUGGCGCACUGCGAGAGCGUAGAUGUUGUGGAGUUCGUGCCAUCGCUGCGAAUGACGUCGCAAUGCCACUACUGGUCACCUGACAACGAUACUACUUGUACCUUCGGCGGCUGGCAUCCCACAGACACAGAGAAGCUGACGUGUCUCACACUCAACAGAGCCGGUGAUUUUGACACCUACGCUCGAGGAUUUGUCAGGAUACCUGGCUUUAAGACUAUUACCUGCCCUACUCAUAGCCCAGCCAGGUAGUGACGCCAAAUACUGGGACAUUAAAUAAGAUCUAUACAUAAUAUAUAUUAAGUGUCACUUGUUACUGUAUAUAUUAUGUUAUGUAUCUAUUGUUAUAGUGAACACUACGAGUUCACACCCUCUUUGCCUGCUUACCAAUCUCUUUCAAUAUUUGUACAUCGUUCAUGCUAUGACAAUUUGAAAAUAUGCAUAUGUUGUACAGCCGAUACCUGAACAUCUCAACAAAGGCUUAGAAUAGUGGA